GCUCACACUGCGUUCGUCUGACUUGGUAGCCUGGGGCGAGCCAGACAUGCGCCUUCAUUGGAUUUCUAAAAGAUAAACAAACAAUUAGGACAAUAUUUUAAUAAAUUCCUCGUGAUUAAGAAUAUAUAUAGACUACUGUAUAUUCCCUAUUCACACGCGUUACAUUGUUAAUCCGAGUAUGCGCACUGAACGCCUCCAUUGUCUACCAGCAGCAAGGAGUGAGAGCGAGCGCGCGGAUAUGAGAAUGCAGGGGAGCGGCAUACAUUGACCCAAAUCUCCGGGAACCGGAGAACAAGCGGACCCGGACACACGUAUGUCGUUGGAAAGACAGACUGGCAGACAGACAGCAACAGUUGUCAUGGAUAUGGUUAUGAUCAGCUGAACCAGUCUUCAAGACAAAAAUAAUAACAUUAAAGGGGGGUAGCCUAGCCUACUGCAGGGAAGCGCGACUGUCGGAACCGUUGUUGCGCUUUGUGCUUGUCAUCAUCCCUGUUGUGAUUUGGAGCAGGCUGUCCUGUCAUUCGUUGUGAGGGGAAAACGUUUUGCGUUUUGCUUAUCUUCAUCAAAGGGAGUUGUUUUUCUGUCAUUCAUUUGACAUCAUCCUCCUAUAAAUGAUCGUUUUUCUCUGUUGAGCUGAAUCAAAACAUUCGAGUCGCUCAUGUUCCUGUCAGGGAAAUGGGCUGUUGCGUCUGUUAUACACAGCUGCUUUAGUCAGACUUGACAACCGGGAUUUUUUAAAGCUGCCGUUUUGUCCCUGGCAAGAGGCGAUCAAGUGCACUGCAGACAGGCGUGUCGGGGGCGAUUCCAGUGACGGCUCUCGACUCUCUGCGGGAGCCCCGUUUCAACAGCCCCCACCCAAUUUUAUCGGGCGAUUUGGAUGGGGGGCAAGCAGAGUACGGCAGGGCGGCCCCGGGGUGCUUUUCACGGUGUCUCGGCGGAUGACAGCGCAGUGGCACCCUCGGCCCACUUUGGGCACUACCGACCAAGUGGCACUAUGGGGUUACGCAGCCGCUCAGUGAGUUCUGUGGCUGGGAUGGGCAUAGAACAUAGUCCUACGGUGCCCUUUGGUUUUUAUACCCCCAGAGGAACAGACUCGGACAGGGCUGGAGGGGGGUCUGGCACUAACGCCGCCCAUGGUAACGGCUACCAGGAAACGGGCAGCGGGCAUCACACGGAUGGUAUGCUCUAUCUGGGCUCCCGAGGGUCGUUGGCAGACACCUUGCCCCUGCACAUUGCACCCCGGUGGUUUAGCGCCCACAGUGGGUUCAAGUGUCCUGUCUGCUCCAAGUCUGUGGCGUCUAAUGAGAUGGAGGUGCACUUCAUCAUGUGUCUAAGCAAGCCCCGCCUGUCCUACAACGAUGACGUGCUGGCCAGGGAUGCCGGGGAGUGUGUAAUCUGUCUGGAGGAGCUGCAGCAAGGAAACACCAUUGCCAGACUGCCGUGCCUCUGCAUCUAUCACAAAAGCUGUAUAGACUCCUGGUUUGAGAUCAAUCGUUCCUGCCCUGAGCAUCCUUCAGACUGACUGACCUCUGUGCUCCUACUCCUACUGUUCAAGGACACUUUAUGUUCCUAUCAUGGAUAUCUGGACACUGAAGUAACCAAAAAAACUAAACAAUCAAAACAACAUCUAUCAAAACAUCUAUCAAUUGAUCUAUCAAUCUAUCAAGAGAAUUCCUAGCAAACGGAACCAAAAGAAAAAACAUUAAGCUUAUACUUUCACUUCCACAUGCAUAAAAGAGUGCCCCUCCUCCCUGCCACCUCCCCCCUAGCCCUAAAGGCUGCUAACUGCCGGUCCCUAUGUUGGCCCAACUAGGCUGACCAUCCCAACUGCCUCACCAGGCUGCUUGGCCCCCCAGCCAGCCAGUCACCAAGCCACAUGGACUGGUCCUCUCUGGGCUCCUCCGGGGGUCUGGCCCUUGCUCUGCUCUGCCUUCCAUUUUGCCUCCUGAGUUUGGCCCUGCCUGGCUCCAUAUCACUCAUCUGGAUCCAGCCAUCUCAUGGCCUUCUUCAGGAAGAAACAGAGGAGGAUAAUGAAGAUUAAGAAAAAGAUGAAGAAUAGGGCUGGAUGAACCCUAUGUGCCAGGGCAGGGUCGACUCCCAGGACUUUGUCUGGUAAUGCAACAAAAUGCUUUCCCCCAAUCCCCAGAGUUACAACACCCACCCACCCAAUCAUUAGUUGAAGAGACAUGCGCUUGUCUUAGUCUUUACUUUGAGGUGGAGCAGCGAUAUGUGAAGUGCAGCAUUGGUGUGGCAGGCAGGGUCUGUCUAUGUAGGUUUCUGUUUGGGUUAUGUGUGUGUAUGUGUGUGUGUGUGUGUGUGUGGAGGGGUGUAGAUAAUGCUUCUAUAUGUGUCGGGGCAGUGAAAAUAUCAGUCAGACUACACUUGUUCUGUGUGCGUUAGUGUGUGGAGGGGUACGUCGUUUAUGCUUGGUGGUGGGUGAAAGUGUGUGAGUGUGCUUAUGUGUCGUGGGGGACUGUUGGGGGUCGUUGGUUUAUGUUUUUCUAUGUUCUGGGGCUGUGAGGAUGACGUCCGUAAGCAUACAUGUGGUGUGGUUGAGGUUGGGGUGAUGAUGCAGCCAUCUCUGUAGUGUGAGAGCCUGAUUUGCUAAAGGGUCAAAUAGAAGUCUGAGACAAUACUAAGUGUUGGUCUGUGUUUGAAAUGUUUACAAUUUAGAUGUCCAUUUUCCCUGUGUGAAUGUGGUAUCGCUCCCUUUAUUUUGCUAAUGUUUACAGUUACAUAAAAUCGACAUGACAUACACACUCUUUCUCCUUGCUUUUGUCCACCAGGUUUUUGCUGCAAUGGGGAAACGCUGACCAGAAUUAGUCAUUUCCCUAUAAGGGCCUUGAGUGUGUUCAUGUGUGUGUAUGUUUGAUGCCUCUUGGUCGAAGCUACUGUCUGUGCCCCACAUGUUUUCUAAUGAAAUAGGUCAGGUCCUCUCUGGUUGUGUUGGCUGAUGUGACUUAAUGUAAUGGACGUAUUAAAGACCUAUCAACCCAAAAAUGACAGUCACAUCGUGGAGCUAUUCCGGGGUUAUAACUUAUUUAUUCACAUUUAACAAGAUUUGUUUUCGCAAAACUGUCAGAAAACAUACAUUACCCUUCAGAAUGCCUCUAGUGUAUAAAGAAUAACAGAAUGAUGAUUCUGGAAGAAAAAAACUAACAUAGCUCAACAAAUGGGUGAAUAUUUUUUCAAUUUCUGUAGGGUGAAAAUGUAGAGAAUAUAGUACCUGUGAGGCCACUAUAAACAAUUCAUUAGCAAGCAGACAACCACCAAGCUUCAACUGAACAAGGAACACAGGGAAGACAGACUACUAGUCAGUUAUGAUAGAGUAUACUAUACAUAUUCAUGUCUCUUACUAACUGUAUCCCUGCCCGACUCUGCUAAAGGGCCAUAUACCUUGAUUUCAUUUAAUGUUUUGAGAUGACUUUUUUUCCAAGGAUGUGAAUGGGUGCCUGUUUUGGAGGUACCAACUAAUUGUUUGAUGAUUUUGAUGUGCAAUCUGUGGGAUGAAUACUGAUAAUGAUAUAUACACAGUAUCAGUCAAAAGUUUGGACACAGCAACUCCUUCAAGGGUUUUUCUUUAUUUGUACUAUUUUCUACACUGUAGAAUAAUAGUGAAGACGUCAAAACCUUCAAAUACCACAUA